AGAGGAUUCCGCCGUCGGGCUGCUAGGACGUAUACAGUGAGUGACCGAGACUCGAAAUGGGAAUGUCGGAGGACGAAGUUCCUGCGCCCAGACUGUGCCAUAUUCAAAAGUGGCCCGACUUUGACGGCUUCGGCUUCAACCUGCACGCCGAAAAGGGCCGCAGCGGCCAGUACGUCGGCAAGGUGGACGACGGCUCGCCGUCUGAGGCCGCCGGCCUCAAGCAGGGAGACAGGAUCAUUGAGGUAAACGGAGUGAACAUCAGCAACGAGAACCACCGGCAGGUGGUGGCGCGGAUAAAAGCGGUUGCGGACGAGACGCGUCUGUUGGUGGUGGACUCUGCGGCCGAGGCGUACUUCAAGACGCGCGAGAUGGUGAUUCGCGGUGACAUGCCCGGCGUCAUCCACCUCAGCUCGUCCAAACAAGAGCAGCAGCAACAGCAGCCACCGUCGCCACAGCAGCAGCACCAGGAGCAGCAGCAGCACAAGUCCGGCGCAGAGCAGCAGGAGGUGGUGAGUAACACCAGCAGUGCCACCACGCCCGAGACGGACCGGAAGCACCACGUCGAGGUGCAGGAAGAGGAGGAGGAAGAGGAGAGCCCGUCGGAGACGACCACCAUCGAGGCCAAGUCCAACGGCAGCAUCGCCUCCAGUAGUCCAAAAAUGGAAGACAAGAUUGAGAAGGAGCCCUCCCAAACUGCAUCUCCAAAUCAGAGCAAUCGUCCGCCUGGUUUAAAUAUGACGGCCGCCGAGCUGAGGGCGCAGCUGGCGCAGCGCAAGAAAUUUGACCCGAAGAAGGAAAACAUGGACCUGCGAAGAAAAUUCGACAUCGUGCAGACCCUGUGAGACUGAGCAAGAAAGGGUGCCAAAACCGCCAUGCGAUACAUAUUCCUAUUUUUGUAGAUGUAAAUAAAUAAAUAAACGCACCAAAUCACGCCAGUGAAUUAUGUACCAACAAAAAAGACAAUACGGUUAAUGUUUAAAAUAGUGUGACCGCAGGCUGCUCAGCGUCAGUCUCGAGAUAUAAUUUAUAUGUAUAAUCACGUGUCCGACUUAAAUAAAAAUUACCAUUUAUUACGAAUGCACAA